AUGGGAGGGCAGGAGACGGAGGAUGUUAUAGCAUUUGUGUGUGCCAGUGACGUGUAUGUCAUAUAUAGUCCCCAGUUCCCUUGUGAUAUCGGAAAAUCUCCGCUCCACACGAUGGGGGACGUCGAAUGUGUCAUUGUAUCUGGUGGCUAUGGCAGGGUUGAAUGA